AUGCCCUUGAUGCAGUCACGCGGCGGCUCCGGCUCCUCGUCGCCGCCUUUUACGACGACGACGAGGCUCGGCAACGGCUCAGGAACAGCCGCUGCCAGCACAUCACCCUCCUCACCGCCGCCGCGCAUCCUCUUCCUCGACGCCUAUGAUUCCUUCACCAACAACAUCGUCUCCCUGCUCAAGGACGCCCUCGGCGCCGACGUCCAGGUCCACGUCAUCCACAUGGACCUGCGCACGCUGCACUCGGACCCCACACCCGACUGGACCCCGGACCAGUUCCUCGCCCGCCUCGCCUCCUUCGACGCCGUCGUCUGCGGGCCCGGCCCCGGAUCGCCGCUCUGCGCCAACGACGUCGGCGCUUUCCGCCACCUCUGGGACCUAUCGGAGCAGCACCGCAGCACCGUUCCCCCCGUCUUUGGCAUUUGUCUUGGGUUUCAGAGCUUGGUGGAGCACUUUGGCGGGCGCAUAAGGAAGCUGCGCCGGGGCUUGCACGGCAUGGUGCGGUCCAUCGACCACAAGGGGCUGGAGCGCCCGGCGCAGGCGGCGAAGGGCGGCUACGCCGACAUCUUUGAGGGCGUGCCGCCGUUCAGGGCCACGUUGUAUCACAGCCUGUGCGCGGACAUUGGCCAGGACGACGUCCCGGACGAGCAGUGGCCGCUAGCGAAGUGGCAGGCGCCGUCCGUGGCACCCGAUCUGGUGCCCCUGGCGUGGGUGACUGAGGCCGACAACGACAACGAGAGGGUGUUGAUGGGUGUUCGCCACGCGAGCAUGCCGUUCUGGGGCGUCCAGUGCCAUCCCGAAUCCAUCUGCACAGACUCCGUCGCCGUGCAUGGUAUCCUGCGCAACUGGUUCGACCAGGCGACCAAGUGGAAUGAAGUCAACGGCCGCGCGCGACGGCCAUGGAAUCUACCACUCGUGCACUCUGCCAGCCUAGAGUCGUCGGCUGCGACAGGCGGCGCCGCUUCAACCACUACACAGGGCCCCUCGGAGAGGGACCUAGCAUCGGCGCGUUGGUCGAAUGCAAUGCGCUCCGGCCUGGCCAGCCAAGGCACCCAGCCCGGCUACGUCUGCCGGCAGCUCAAGCUCCCCGACUGCGUCGACGCAGCAGACGUCAUGGAGAUACUCGGCUGCAGCUCCGGCGAAGCAAUUCUCCUCGACUCUUCCAGCGCCAAGAACGGCGAUCCCCUGGCACGAAACAGCAUCAUUGCGCUGGACGUGGAUGCGGCGAUUCGUCUCGAGUACCACGUCCGAGAUGACUACGUCACGUUUCGCCGCCCUGCGUCCAACAUCGGAGGCGGCCGUCCCGAGGAGGUGCAGCGAAUAUCACUAGACGAUACAGAGGACGAUCCCAUGGCCGUCUAUCAGAUCAUGUCUGAAUACUGGAAGACCCACAAGCUACAAGACGCUGACUGCGAUGGCGCGCCUGCGUUCAAGGGCGGGUUCAUGGGCUUCGUCACAUAUGAGAUGGGCCUCAGCACGCUCAGCCCCGGCGCCGUCUCUGCGCAUCGCGGCCACCAUCGCCCGGAUCUCGUCAUGGCCUGGAUCACCAACAGCGUCGUGCUGGACCACAAGACCAGCACCGCCUACGUGCAAAGCCUAACUACGGCCGACCAUGACGGAGGCUGGGUUGACGAGGCGGUGCGGAGGCUGCAGAACGCGCCCGUCUGGCGCGACUCCAACGCACGACGUCCCGUGAGCUGCCCCGAAGCAACAUUCACCCCCGAGGAGCUAUGGGACGACGUGGCGGCGCGCGGCAGCGACCGUCUGGACAUCACCGUCCCCGACUCGGGCAAGUACGAAGACGAUGUCCGCCGCUGCCAGUACGCCAUCCGCGAGGGCCACUCCUACGAGCUGUGCCUGACAGCGCAGACGACCAUGACGCGCCCGCCCGUCGACGACGACGACGAGCGGCGCUCGCCGUGGGAGGUGUACCGGACGCUACGCAGCCGACAGCCCGCGCCGUUCGGCUCGUUCGUGCGCCUCGGCGGCGCGACGGUGGUGAGCUGCUCGCCGGAGCGCUUCCUGUCGACCGACCGCGCCGGCCUGUGCCGCAUGCGGCCGAUGAAGGGCACCGUGCGCAAGUCAGCCGCGGUGCCCACGCUCGCCGCCGCGGAGCGCAUCCUGCACGUGCCCAAGGAGGAGGCCGAGAACCUGAUGAUCGUCGACCUCGUCCGCCACGACCUGCACGGCGUCUGCGGCCCGCAAAACGUCUCCGUCCCGGACCUGCUCAAGGUCGAGGAGUACGCGACCGUCUUCCAGAUGGUGACGGCCGUCCACGGCCAGCUGCCGCCGGGGGCGCCGCUGAACGGCAUCGACGUGCUGGCGGCGACGCUGCCGCCGGGGAGCAUGACGGGCGCGCCGAAGAAGCGCAGCUGCGAGCUGCUACGGGUCAUCGAGCCGGGCGAGCGCAGCGUCUACUCGGGCGUGGUCGGGUACUUUGACGUGCAGGGCCAGGGCGACUGGAGCGUCACGAUCCGCACCAUGUUUCGCUGGGACGACGAGCAGGCGGAUGGUGGUGAGGAUGAGGAGGGACGCGGCCGCGAGGUCUGGCGCAUCGGCGCGGGCGGCGCGGUGACCAUCCUGAGCACGCCGGAGGGCGAGCGCGAGGAAAUGUUUACGAAGCUGUUUGGCCCCCUCGGCACGUUCAGAGAUGCAGCGUAA